GUGCAGGAAUGAAGCACCUCCGUGACAACAACCUGGUCCACCGCGACCUCAAACCCGGGAAUAUAAUGAAGUACAUCGCGGAUGACGGCAGCACUAUCUACAAGCUCACCGACUUCGGAGCCGCCCGAGAAUUAAAUGAAGACCAGCAGUUUUUUUCACUGUACGGCACUGAAGAAUAUCUUCACCCUGAUGUUUACGAGCGCGCAGUCCUCCGAAAGCCAGUAAAUAAAACUUUCGGAGCUACUGUUGACCUCUGGUCCAUCGGAGUGACUCUUUAUCAUGUAGCGACCGGCAAUUUACCCUUCAGACCCUUCGGCGGGCGGCGAAAUAAAGAGACCAUGUACUUUAUCACCACCAGGAAAGAUUCUGGAGUUAUUUCUGGAGUCCAGGCUUAUGAAAAUGCUCCUAUUGAGUGGAGCAAAGAGCUCCCGAAUAAUUGCAGGCUGAGUUAUGGAUUAAAAAAAAUUGUAACCCCGCUUUUAGCCGGCUUGUUGGAAGUCAACAAGCAGUACAUUUGGAGCUUCGAAAGAUUUUUUAAUCAAGUCACUGAUAUUUUGUGUAGAAAAGCUAUUCAUGUCUUUAAUUUUCACACCAUGCAGUCUCUCCAAGCUUAUUUACAUCCUGAAGACAAAAUUUCGGCUCUUAAAAAUCACAUUCAGGAACAAACUGACAUUUUACCUCAUGCUCAAAUUAUUUUAUUCGGAGAAACGCUUCUCUCGAAAUUAAUUGACGAAAAUAGAGUCGCUAAAGGAUUUCCGGGGACUACAAUUGAAAAUCCUUUUUGUGUUUUUUCUAGAGAAAAUAAUAAUGUUGUUUCUGCGGUAAUUAAUGGCUUGAGUAAUUUACAAUCUGUUAAUUCUUCUUCUUCAACUACUAUAACUGGAACUACUGUGGGAAAUUCAGUGUCAAGUAAUUUAGAAGGAAUAUCAGCUGGACCUAAUUCAAAUUCAAAUUCUCAAUCUAACAGAGAUAAAAAAUGUGAAUCAAUUAUCUUCCCGACUUUCGCUAAUCUUGUUUCGGUGGAAAAUGAUGCCAGUCAGGCAAAAUUAGCAUGCUCGGUUGGACACUCUUGUAAAAGGAUUGUUGACAGACUGGCAAUUGCUAGCAAAUUAGCUCAAGAUUCUGUCAAUGCUUUUGUUAAUCUUUUGUCUUCGGAGUUGAAGAGGUUGACUAAGCAGGUUGAUCAUUUGAGAGAGUUGACCAAAGCUGUGGAGAAAAUAUUUACUGCUGCUGAGCGGGGCGAUGCUGUUGCAAUUCAGGCUAUUAAGAAAUUUUCUAACUCUUCUUCUGUGCCUCAUUCGGUUGGUAAUGAGACUAAGAGUAAUGAGUGGCGGAUCGAGUUACACUUGAGGCAUAAACAAUUGUUUGCUGAACUUGCUCCUGCUAUUGCUCAACUUUAUCAGAGGUAUGUUAAAGAUGAAGUUUUAAAAGCAGAGUGGGAAUCGGCGACACGGCAAUUAACAUGCCCGUGGAAAACUAAAGCAAAAACAGAAUGCAUACCCGCAAUAGUCCAACGAUCAGAGUCACUAGCUGACUGGUAUAAAAUGGUCCAAACAAUUUAUCUCCAAAGCCAAAUAUUAGAUAAAGAUUUGAAGACUUACAAUAACUCAUUAGAGUCAUUUGCAUGUCGUAUGAGUCAAGAAAGCAACGAACGUUACGAGACUCUAUCGUCAUAUAUAAAUACAUUACCAACAAAACAAUCAACGAGCCAGACUUCGAAUCUUCCGGAUUCCAUUCGUGAAGAGGGUACCAAAAUGUGGCGCAAUAUUUGCGACAUGCAGCAACAAAUAGCUCUGAUACUUUGCGAUAAUGAUCUGCUAGUGGACAAAAUAAAUAAUUUGACUAUUAAUAAAAUUAAUAAUGAUAAUACUUUGACAGAGUUUAAUGAUUCUGAAAAAAAUUUAACAGACCAAGAUACCGACGAGGAGAUAAAUUAUAAAAGUAACCAACAAUACUUGUUAUCAUAG